AUUUACUUUUGUCUAAAAGCUAAUAAAAAUAAUAAUGAGUGUUAAAAAAGUCAAACCAAAAAUUUAACGAACGUCAAUUUCAAAGGUUAAUGAGCGCAGCUCUCCAAGCAACGCUGCCAAAGUGGACAUUUUAAUCUGCGCAUUAAUGAGUAUUAGCAGCUUAGUUGGAAGUGAAGAAAAUGAAUCGUUUACGCACGCAAAAAUUUAAACUAAAUACAGAAGCCAGCAAUACCAACAUCAACAACAACAACAACAACGAUGUAAAUACCAACCGCAACAACAAUGUAAACGCAAGCCUAUCAACUACCGCUGGCCUACUGAACAAGUUGACGAAGCGUUACUCCACGCUCAGCCAUCGCAUUACGCGUCGCCAUAAUGUUGGCCGCAAAGGCAGUUCACCACAGAAAGUCGCUUCAGGCAGUUACGACAUGACCGGCGCGCAUUCGGAUGAUCAUCGUUUAGAGAUUGGUGCACCAGUUUUGAUAUCGACCACAACACUGGAUGCCGAUCGGUUUGAUGUGAGUGAGGAGCGCUUGCGACAGAUUGGUGGUGGUAUAGCGGUCACAAGCACUAUGGUGCGCACAAUCAAUAUACACUCGUCCUCACCGCAGAUGCCGUCAUCAGGCAGUGAAACGGAGGUGUAUGCGGACGCGCUCAGCACGCCACCUGUUGCCGAUGAGCCAGUCGAGCCAGCUGGUGAAGAGGAGGAGGAGCAGUAUGUGCUCGCAUUGAGCACACCGAAGCGGCCAUCAGAUGAGGCAGUUCCUGCCAACUUGAAGGGGCGCCCCUUUGUGAAAGUGCCAAUAUUUCCAGUACCAGAGUGUAAUACACAAGAUGUGGCGUCCGCCAGUUCAACCAAAGCAUCUGCAAACUCUGAAGCUGAGCGUGCCGUCGACGCGGUCGUUUUGUCGCCAACCAAGCCACGUAUACCGACACCACCACCCAAAUUGCGUCGACGUCAACACUCGAAGUCAGCACAAAAUUUGCAUCGCGCCGAAAUGAAGAUAUUUCUGCAGAAGACACCAUCGAUGACUUUGGAUUUGAAAAUGACAACAGCGGAUCUGGAGAACUGCCGCGACUUACCGCGUUUGCCGGAACUUUUUGGCGUCAGCAAGUGCAGCCUCGCGCCCUCUGAUUACGAGGACAAUGAUGCCGACAAGGAGAACUCAUCGCCUUCGGUUGAACUGUCACCGCCACAGUGCAAAAGUGAUCCGAACACGCCAUUAUGCGCUGAGCAAAAGGUUUGCGGCUACCUGGCACAGCAGCAACAUUUCAAAAGCGUUGACUCUUUGGACAUGCGGCAUACGAACGGCAAGCGACGAAGCGUUGUCUUUUCCAGUAAUAAUUCGAUCAACCAACGUGGUUCAAAAAAUAGCCUCACCAGUCAAGUUAGUCACGCUAGCACUAUAGAGGAAUUCGAUCUGAAGUCUGUAAGCUGCCAGAGUUUAAAUGCGCAAACUUUGUUUGUCUCCAUCGAUGAACUCAACGAGAUCACGCGUCAGAUCAACGAAUCGGAGGAAUUCAAUCAGGACAUAGACUUAGAAUACUGUCUACACCGCGACAAUCUGAAACCGAGUGAACGCCGAAUUACGCUUUUGAAGAAUAAAAACUCGCGUUUGAUAAGUUUCAACAACAAUAAAGAGAAGCUGCGGAAAGGUUGGCAUGGUGUGAAGCACUGGAUUGGCGAAGAGAGUACGAAGCUGAAGGAGGUGGUGCAGAAGCAAGCGAACCUACAACGCGUGGCUACCUCGAAGCUAAGCCUCAACACGUCGGAAUGCCGGCAGUCGCCAUCUGUGCAUGGCAGCGUGCUUUUACGUAGCGGCGGGGGCGGUAGUCGAGUGGGCAUGCCAGUGCUGCGCGAUAGUGAUACCAGUGCUGCCAGUAGCAACCUGCAACAGUCGCCAGACGCCACGGCAGGAGCAUUAACCAAUGCAAAUACGUCUUUUGGUGUGAGUACUGAUGAUUUGGUGGAUGGGAGUGGUGUGGGUGGCGGUGGUGAUGGUGAUGGUACAGCGGAGCGAGAAGAAGACCAGGAGUCGUCUUUUACCCAACGGCCAGCUGAUGAGUCAUCAACAGCUGAAAAAUGUGCCAAACUCUUGGAGGGUCAAAAUGGCUUCGAAGAACUGCGACGUUACGUGAAACAAGGUGGCGACUUCGGAAAGGAACUUAUAAUAAUAUUACAAGAAAGAGUUGAGUCUGAAACAUUAUACUCGAAAUCUCUCUCAAAAAUGGCUAACAAAUUGAACAAAGCCUGUCGUGAACUGCCCGGCAGCAUAGCCGAUGCUUGGCGUGGUGUGGCUACCGAAAUGGAGAAUCGCAGCGACAUCCAUCGCCAAUUGUCGGCCUCACUCACAGACGAGAUAGUCAAACCACUCAAAAAUAUAAUCGAUGCACAUCACAAAACUCGAAAGUCGGUUGAGAGCAACGUCGAUAAGGCGGCUCGUACGCUGGCCGAGUGGCGUGUCAGCGAGGCUAAAGCCAAAAAGUCUUCACACACAGCAGCUCGUGAGAAUGAGAAGCUGCAAGAUGCGUUGUUGGAUGUACGAAUACAGAAAUCCCCAUCGAUUGCAUUGUUACACCAGGGACCUAACAAACUUGCUGCCGAAAAAGAGAUCAGAUCGGCCGAAAAGGAUUGUGCCAAAUUGGACAGCAAACGUAAGAAAGCCGAGGAGGCUGUAAAGCGUGCCGACGUCGAAUACUAUACGCUCUGCAUACGCGCUGAGCGCGCUCGUGUCGAUUGGGAAAUGGCCGUGCUGCGUGGCUCUUCACUGCUACAGAAUAUCGAAAAUCAGCGCUUGGUCAAUAUGAAAAAUUUCAUUGCAAACUAUUCGCAGCUAACAUCGAAUAUGAAUCCAAUAUUGGAUGGUUUGAUGCAACGCUUGCAGCCACAAGUGGAAGCUUGCAAUGUAUUGAAGGAUAUGCAAGUGGUUAAGAAUAUACGCCGCAAUUCAGAGGGUCCCAGCGAACAGUUAUUGCCUGAUUUCUAUUGCGAACACACCACAUUGGCGAUGAAUCGGGAGAGACGUAAGCAUGCGCUUAUCAAGCUUCUGCAGUUGGUCAAGGCAGAUUUGGAACGCGAACGACGAUCAAGAAAUGGACUAAAAGGACUAUCGCAGUCGCUGAACAAUCAGGAGAAUCAGAAUAUCACCGACAAGUUGUAUCAUAUACGAUCGAUGCUGACUUAUUUGGAAGGCGCACGCUUCAAAUUACACUCGGCGCUUUUAGAAUUAGAUCACAAACCCAGGUCGUCGCAUCCACUAGCGCAGCAUAUACAGGUCACACGCGAUCGCACUGGCCUCCAACAAAGCGUACUAAAAGUACCACUUUGGCUGAAGAAUAACGAUCGCAUGAGUCAGGAUGACGGCAGCGCAUCUGUGCACGAGAACGAAUACGAAUGUGUAACACAAUCGAACAAUUCUUCGAACGCCAGCUGUACAGACCUCAGCAAGGAUUCUCUACGCAAAUUCAAUCGCAGCAAGAGUAAUAUCGAAACGCUCAGCAACAAGACACAACUCUGCAUCGCCAGCAUUGAUAAAACAAAGACCAUACCAGCGACUAUCGACGAUCCUUACAGCGAUCGCGGACAAGCCGAUGGUGGUUCAAAUCAACAAGAUUCAGAUUUCGAUGAAUUCAGCUCACAGGACGAUGAUGAUGAGCAAACGACGACAACCAGCUCCUCGGGACGUAAGGAGCAUAAGGCGAUUAUAGAGAAGAGUACGAUGUUGGCUAAUGGCACCGCAACGGUUAUGUCGACGGGAGCGGCGACCAAGGCACCAACAACGACGCCCACAAUCUACCAGAAUGCAGCAGAGGCACACAAUGGACAAACACAUAAUGGCAAUGGCAAUGGCAAUGGUACGCCGAUUAUACUAAGUAGAUGCAAGGCGCUAUACAGCUACACACCAAAACUGUAUGACGAACUGGAAUUGACGCCAGGCGACAUUAUUGAAGUGCAUGCCAAGCAAGAGGAUGGCUGGUGGCUUGGCGCCUUAGGCAAUCAUGUGGGCAUCUUUCCAGCGACCUAUGUCGAAGAAUUCGCAUGAAGGAUAUAGAAUUAGUUAUUAUUAGGUGUAAAGUAAUUAGGGGCGAAAAUCUAGUGGUCAAUGGUGUGAAAGAGAGGUAGUUAUAUGUAUGUAUAACUGUGCAUGAAGCGAGUCGACUGUCCAGUUGGCCGAAAGUAGCAGCGUGCAAUGGUCGAAAGC